AUGGACGACGAGAAGAUGAAGAAGCACAAUCGUGCUGUUCGUAUGCUCGCUGGAAAAGUCAAGGAUUUCGCGACUGCCGGCGUCAAGUUCCGUCUCUAUCACGGUGAAACGAACAGCACUCGCUUGAGCACUCGCAAGGCCGACGAGGUCCUGGAUAUCAGUGCUCUGAACAACAUCCUGAAGAUCGACAAGAAUCACGGUAUCGCCAUCGUCGAGCCCAACGUAUCCAUGAGCGCUCUGGUUGCCGCUACCCUCAAGCAUGGUCUCCUGCCCCAGGUCGUCCCCGAGUUCCCAGGUAUCACCGUCGGUGGCAGCUUCUCUGGCACCGCUGCCGAGUCCUCCUCGUUCAAGUUCGGCUACUUCGAUCAGUCUGUCAAUUGGGCUGAAUUCAUUCUCGCCGACGGCCGCGUCGUCCGCGCCUCCGCCAAAGACAACUCUGAUCUCUUCCACGGGUCUGUUGGCGCCUGUGGUACGAUUGGUAUCGGAACUCUCUUCGAAAUCAAGCUUGUUGAAGCCCGUCGCUUCGUUGAGUUGCGCUACAUCCCCAUCACCUCGAUGUCUGAUGCCGUCGAGAAGCUUAGCCACUACACCGGCAACCUCACGUUCGUCAACUUUGUCGAGGCCAUUCUCUUUGGUCCCACCAGCGGUGUUGUCAUUGUUGGAACUCUCACCGAUGAGGCCAAGUCCGGCGUUCCCAUCGUUCGAUUCUCUCGGCCGCAGGACCCGUGGUACUUCCUCCAUGCCCACGAGUCGGUCGCUCACGCCCGUCACACGAACUGCGACACCUGCGCCUACACCAACUCUCGCAAUCCCUGCUCCAAGGGCACUGUCGUCGAGGUCGUUCCUGUUGCUGACUACGUGUUUCGCUACGACAGAGGCGUGUUCUGGAUGGGCAUCUACGGCCAGCAGCCGUCGACCUUCAACCGGCUUACGCGCUUCCUCAUCGACCCCCUCAUGCGUACCAGCGCAAUGUACAAGACCAUGCACCACAGCGGCCGCUCGCAGUCCUUCAUCAUCCAGGAUCUUGCCAUUCCUCAGGAGUCAGUGGAGAAGUUCCUGACCUGGGCCGACGACGCCCUUCACAUCUACCCGAUCUGGCUUUGCCCCAUCAAAUCAGACACCAGCGCCCCCCUUCAUCUCGCCAAUGGCCUCCCGACCACUCGGUCUAUCAUCAACGUCGGUCUCUGGGGCUUGAAGACCUCGGCUUGGCCAUUCUUCGAGAACCCGAUCGGCGCCGCGGCCUUCAAGCGUUUCAUCGAGGACAACCGCGCCAUCGAGGCCAAGGUUCGCGAGCUCGGCGGUCUGAAGUGGCUGUACGCGCACAACUACUACACCGAGCAGGAGUUCUGGGGUAUUUAUGACAAGGGAAAAUACGACGGCCUUCGCAAGAAGUAUGGUGCCGAGCAUCUCCCCAGCCUUUGGGAUAAGAUGAACAACACCGACGUCGAGUACGUUGAGAAGAAGUCUUUCUGGAAGUCAAUUGCCCUGACCAUCAUUGGUCGCGAGCACCUUUUGUCCUAG